AUGAUUGCGGCUGGGAGAGCUUUAUCUGCUAAUUCAACAUCUGCAGUUAUUGAUGAACAACCCAAAGAGGAAAGUAGGACGCUGAAGUUUGGAGCACUGCAGGUUGAAAUUACUCCCGUUAAAGCCAAUAUAGGGGCUGCAAUUGCAUUAGUUUUUGGGAUUCUUACAUGGGAGAUAGCUCAGGGAGUUCAAAGCACUCCAGAGAAUUCUUUGCAGUAUGCAAAUGACAAUGCGUUGAUGCUUGCUAAGUCUUUGAGGGGAACAUUGCUUGCUCUUUUUUACUCCUCUACAUUCUUGUCUGCACUUACUUCGGCAGGGCUUGUUUUACUUGGUAUACAACUUAAAUCAGAGAAAAAUUGA